UUCUACACCAGAAGACGGCGCAGUGUUUGGGUACUCGCACAGGUUAGCUUUUUGCUAACUCCACAAUGGACUGCGCUCCCAGUCCCUGUCCCGCCGUCACUCAAGAGAUACAAAGCGGCCCAGAAAUGUGCGACGCUUCCUCGAUGGAGGACGGGUUGGUUGACGCUUUUGGGGAUCUGGCUGCCCUUCCGGUGGAGGCUGGCGAGAGAAGACCGACAUGUUUCCGUUGCCGUCGCCCUCAGAAGGUGUGUCUAUGUCCUUUUCUUCCACCACAACCCCUGGAGGUCUCCACAUGUCUGUACGUAGUGCAGCAUCCUGCAGAGGAGAGCCGAGUACUCCGCACAGUUCCUCUACUUGCUGCUUGCUUGCCACAAGGAAAAUGCAAUGUCAUAGUUGGGAGGAGAUUUAAUGAGGAAAAGCACCCGGAGCUGGCUGCGGUGUGUCGGGACAGCAGAACGCUGAUUCUGUACCCAGGACCUAAAUCAGAGAACCUUGAGGAGUUGGUGCAAUACCAAGAAGUGGGCACUGCAAAACAUAAUGUCAUCAUCAUAGAUGGCACCUGGAGCCAAGCCAAAAACAUGUUCCUCAAAAACAGCCUUUUCCACCUGCCCAAACAGGUGCAGCUCAAUAGGACUUUAUCAAGUCAAUACGUGAUCCGCACACAACCUUCCAACAUCUGUCUGUCUACUCUGGAAUGUGCCGCUGUCGCUCUGUCGAUCCUAGAGCGGAAUGAUGAGAUCCAAGAGGUUCUGCUCAAGCCCCUGAAAGCACUCUGCUCCUUCCAGCUUCAGCAUGGCGCUCAGAUCCAUCAUAGCAAGGAACAUCUGCUGAAGAACGGCAUGUACGACAAACCCAUGCCAAAGAACAAGCGCAAGAUAAAGAGGAUGGAGAAACUCCUCAGUGACCACAGCAUCUGCCCCAGAUGAGGGCAUGUCAGAGCAGAGAGGACAGGCCUGAUUCAUCUCUGCUUCUCCUGCUGUUUGCACUGUGUUGGACUGUGUGAUCAGAGUACAGGCAUGGAAACGAUGAGACAUAAGGGGACUUUUUCCCUUUUUGUUUUUUUGUAAAAACACUUGUAUAUGCUGAUAAAUAUAAUUUAUGUAUUUGUCAUUAAUUUUAAGUAAAUUACUGACAAAUAAAUGUUGUACUUGAAGCAUCUGAGUUAAGAAUAAAUUAGGUUUCUUACUUUGUUUACAUCACAGUAGCUUGAAUUUUUUAGAAACGUGUUGUGGUUCUGUUGUGAUUGGAUUCAUGUGGCUAUACAGCGGGUCACAUGUGGAAGGGCUGAUUCCACUGAUAUUUUUAGAAAGCAAAAUCUCAAUUUCCACAAAACAAUAAUAAAAUAAACUGAAAUAAACACAAAACCUACCAAAGACAAAUAACACACUGGUAAAAAGAGUGACAACUGAAAAUUGCACUAUAUUGUAUAAAUGUAUAGCUUUCUAAAUGGUGUUUGGAGGCUUCCAAAUAGUGUUUGUUGAAUGUUACAAAAAGCUGUUUAAGUAUUGCAGUUUUUCUAUGCCACAAACAAUAUCAAUAAAAUGAAAAACAAAUGUCAUUUUAGGAA